AUGCAGAUCUUCGUCAAGACCCUUACGGGUAAGACUAUCACCCUUGAGGUGGAGUCAUCCGAUACCAUUGACAAUGUCAAGUCCAAGAUUCAGGACAAGGAGGGUAUCCCCCCCGACCAACAGCGCCUGAUCUUCGCUGGUAAGCAGCUCGAGGAUGGCCGCACCCUUUCGGAUUACAACAUCCAGAAGGAGUCGACCCUUCACCUCGUCCUCCGCCUGCGUGGUGGUGGUAAGAAGCGCAAGAAGAAGGUCUACACCACCCCCAAGAAGAUCAAGCACAAGCACAAGAAGACCAAGCUCGCCAUCCUCAAGUACUACAAGGUUGACGGUGAUGGAAAGAUCGAGCGUCUUCGCCGCGAGUGCCCCGCUCCCGAGUGUGGUGCCGGUGUCUUCAUGGCCGCUAUGCACAACCGCCAGUACUGCGGUAAGUGCCACCUCACCUACGUCUUCGAUGAGGCCAAAUAA